GGUAGUGGAAAAACCCUCGUGUUUGUUCUUCCUCUCAUAAUGUUCUGUCUGGAGCAGGAAGUGGGGAUGCCCUUCAUAUCGAAUGAGGGCCCUUAUGGCCUCAUAAUCUGUCCCUCUCGAGAACUCGCCAAACAGACUUUCGACAUCGUUCAGCACUACACGAACAGCCUCAGGGCCGAGGGCUGCCCUGAGAUCAGGUGUUGUCUGGCUAUCGGUGGAGUUCCACCUGCUGAGUCCUUGAAGAUCAUCGGCAGAGGAGUCCACAUCAUGGUGGCGACUCCAGGAAGACUUAUGGAUAUGUUGGGAAAGAAGACUGUCAAGUUGGACGUAUGCAGGUACCUUUGUAUGGAUGAGGCUGACAGGAUGAUUGACAUGGGAUUUGAGGAGGACGUCAGAACAAUUUUCUCGUUCUUCCGGGGACAGAGACAGACGCUUCUGUUCUCGGCGACGAUGCCCAAGAAGAUUCAGAAUUUUGCUAGAUCUGCUCUUGUUAAACCUGUGACUAUCAACGUGGGGAGGGCUGGGGCUGCGUCGAUGAACGUCAUCCAGGAGGUAGACUACGUCAAGCAGGAAGCGAAGAUUGUGUAUCUACUGGAAUGUCUGCAGAAGACACCGCCACCAGUGCUGAUUUUUGCGGAGAAGAAACAAGACGUCGACGCCAUUCAUGAGUAUCUUCUGUUGAAGGGGGUGGAGGCUGUUGCAAUUCAUGGAGGAAAAGAUCAGGAGGAGAGAUCGAGGUCUGUGGAGGCCUUUAGAAAGGCCAAGAAGGAUGUUCUCGUUGCCACUGACGUCGCCUCCAAGGGUCUCGACUUUGCUGACGUCCAGCAUGUCAUUAAUUACGAUAUGCCUGAUGAUGUGGAGAAUUAUGUACAUCGCAUUGGACGUACUGGACGCUCCGGGAAGACUGGAAUUGCCACGACGUUCAUCAAUAAAUCGAAUGAUGAGUCUGUUCUUCUUGAUCUCAAGCAUCUGCUCAUGGAAGCCAAGCAGAAGGUUCCACCGUUUCUACUCGAACUCUGCUCGGAGAACGAAAAGUAUCUCAACCUUGGUGACGAGAGGGGCUGCAGUUAUUGCGGUGGACUUGGACACAGGAUCACUGAGUGUCCCAAACUCGAGGCCAUUCAGAAUAAACAGGCUUCCAAUAUUGGACGCAGGGAUUAUCUCGCUAGUAAUGCUGCGGAUUAUUAGGGGUUUCAUAAGCUCACUCCUAUUGGAUUAACGAUCAUUGGGAUUCGAUUAUUUAUUUUCCUAAAAAAAAAUAAAAUGCAUUUGAUGAGAAAUAUCAAAUUGUAAAAUCUGAGAGGAAUUUAGAAUAUUGAAUAAAUUCUUAUUACACAGAUAUAUCAAUGAACAAUGAUUUAAUUUACCUCAUUAAUACGUAAUGUUAUUUAUACAAAGCCCGUGCAAAAAUACAGCCAAACAAUUCUUUUACAUAUGUAUAUUGUUGUAUGUAUUAAUAUAUAAUCUGCAUUUUGUUGAUAGUUAUUGUUUCUCUCGGGUCAUGAAGAUUUGGACGAAAACACUUUUGAUGUUGGAAGCAGUUCUAUGUACAUUUUUUUCCACGUAAAAACAAUUCAGUUCCUAAAUUAUUGCACAUACUGCGUUACUUUUGUUCUAGUUCGUAUUUACACAGUUGAGGAUUCAAAUAGGUAAAAUAGACUUAACGUUAACUCAUUAACUAGUACAAUUCCCUGGUUAUCGAUAUUCCCGCUGCAUCCCUAGACAGCUUCGAGUGAAAAGCGUAUCAAAGCAUUUUUACACGUCAGAAUAGUCCCGAAUUCUCACCUCGGCAGUGCGUGGAGUAGUUAAAGUAUUUAAUAUAUUUUGCGUUGGCACAUAUCACAAUAAUUAACACGUUUCAUCUCGUUAGGAAUUCAUUUCAGGAGCAGAGAAGUAAAUAAUUGCAACUCGACUUUCUCUAGUCGAGUUUUUGAGAAAUAACUCGGAAUCUAUCAGAGAGAACGGAAUAUUUCUCAGAACAUUUUGUUAUUGAAUGUUGCCUCUCUCAGACGAUUCAGAGAUAGCUUUACUUCUUCGCUGCUGAUUCAAGGAGUUCUCGCCGAUGUCUUCUAAUUUUUCAUGUUUUUUUUUUUUAAUUUUUGAGAGAGCGUGGAUCAGAUUGACUUGAAAAAAAUACUGUUUUUUACAGUGACCCUUCAAAAUUCAUCGAAAUCCUUCAUUUCAUGCCCCUUUUAUGUCCUUUUUGUGUUCUUCUCGCGUCCCGAUUAUUUCAAAUUCUAUUGCUCUACUGUAACAUUUGAAUAAAUUUUCAAGGUACUUAGACGAUUUCAACGAAGAGUGACCCUUACUCAUUUAUUAAAGUUUUUUUAAUUUUUGCGAAAGUUUACUGAGAACAUAGGAAUAUUUUUCCACGACAAUAAA